AUGGAGCCAGAUAUACCUCUAUAUCCUUGGACUGCAGCCGAUAGCGCCAGAGCACGAGCGGAAAAAAGAUUGCCAUUGAAUCCCUUCCCUCCCGACUAUGUGCCCAAGAUGGGCCAUCCUCCACUUGAAGACAACCCACUCAAUCAAGGUCACUCUAUUGAUGAGUUGUCAAAGAAUGAUAGACUAAAGACAGAAUGGCUGGCUGCACCAGGGCCCAUCGAGUUACAAGCUCAUGAAUGGAGAGGUGGAAGAUGUCUUGGGAAGGGAUCGGAUGGUAUUACAGGGUUACUACUAACACACAAUCAUGCUAACUGUAUUAAACAGCGUGUAGUAGUGAAGGAAGUCCGGCCUGAAAACAAUGGUUGGCGCGACCCCAUUGAAUGGAGAAACCAGCUACCUCGCGAAAUCAGUACCCAUCUGCAGAUUGAGGAAGCCCGCGAAGCAGUUAAUGGGGUAGGUUUCGAAAACAUUGUCCAAUGUUAUGGCUACCAUCUCGACGUUCAAAACUGUUACUACCGUCUAUACCUCGAAUACUGCCCAGGUAGAGACGUUCACAACUCCCUCCAAAAACACUUCAACGAUAUGGGGAAGCAUAAAUAUGGAAGUUCUGAAAGCUUUGAGUCGUCUCAGAAUAGCCAAGCAAUAGAAAAGAAGUCUCUUCUUCUUCUUACUGAGCGGUUUGUGGCAUGGUUGAUGCUCCAGCUGGUAAAGGCUUGCUAUGUUCUCCGCACGGGCUACCCUAUCGCACAGCACAACCAGGGAAUAAGACGAGGUUGGAAGCCAAUUACGCACUGCGAUAUCAAGUUGAAUAAUAUAUUUGUGAAGCCUCCAGAAUUUAGACCUGCAGAAGGCCAGCCAGAAGAUUAUCCCACUCUAGUUAUUGGAGACUUUGGCCGAUCUUUUACGAAUAUGGACCCAAGCCAUUCUCUUACUGGCGACAAUCUGCCAGAUGGGCCCAUAUCCAUCAGUAGAAAUCGUGAUAAUCCUCAUGCGUACCAACAGAACGUUAUAUAUGACGAAAAUGGAACCCCGAUUCCUUUAUCAGAAUGGACUGAUGUAUGGCAAAUUGGCCAUAUGGGAUACAAUCUUAUUAUGAAUGGUACUGAAGACCAACAUGGCCCUCUCCGUCUAGUACCUAGGGAUGAAGACGAUGAUGGCGAUGAUGACGACGAUAACGAUAAAAAUAUUGGUUACUUUGCCGACAAAAGAAACCCAGGCCCUACAAACACUGAUACCUCCCAACCUUUUGACGAUGCUCGUCAGUUCCCAACAUGCGUAAACUAUUCAGCAGGACUAAAUAAUCUCAUCGCAAACUGUUUGAACUGGGAUCCACAGCAGCGACCGACGCUGCUAGAUAUCUACAGGCGUGCAACCGAGCUUCUAUCUAAUUGUCCAGAUACUGUUGAGAGCAGAAGGGUUGAACCAUUUGUAAUACACCGAGAAGAUCAUUACAAACAGGGGGCUAAAUUCCCAGACGAGGAUGUGGACGAUAGUCAUGUGUUUUCGAAUAGUAGCCUCACUGCGAAGAAGCCCACUUAG